CAGCAGUUGCGACGUUGUUGGGUUCUCGGCUUGUUCAGUCGUCUGCACCAUCACUGGCUGCAUAUAAUGUAAACGUUCUCUACGACUUUUACAUCAGCCAUGUUACCUUUUGUGCCAUAUAUUUCUUGGCAAUAGUACCACUUCAGCUGUCUUGUCAGCAUGGUCGUCCAGCCGUGCGCUCGGCCUAUCAAGCUCGAGACGCUUAACAAAAAGCGUCUCGCAGUUGACGCGUCAAUCUGGAUAUACCAGUUCCUCAAAGCCGUACGAGACAAGGAGGGUAAUGCGCUACGUAAUUCCCAUAUUGUUGGCUUCUUCCGUCGAAUAUGCAAGCUGCUGUACUUCGGCAUCAAACCGGUGUUUGUUUUUGACGGUGGAGCUCCCGUCUUGAAACGACAGACGAUUGCCGGCAGGAAGAAGCGCCGAGAAGGCCGCAGGGAAGAUGCAGUGAGAACGGCUGGGAAGCUGCUUGCAGUGCAGAUGCAGCGAUCCGCAGAGGAGGAAGCAGCCAGGCAAAAAAAGGCAGCUUCGAGACAGGAUGAAGAGGAGGUGCCGGACAACCCGGUUUAUGUUGAGGAGACCUACUUGACAGAGAAAGAGAAGCGGCAGGGCCGAGCGUUCAGGAAGAAGGAUGCGUACCAUCUUCCAGACUUGCACGUUUCGUUGGAGGAGAUGGGUGCUCCAGACGACCCUCGCAUUAUGUCCCGCGCCGAGCUGGAAGAAUAUGCGAGACAGUUCCACCAGGGCGAGGAUAUCAAUCUCUACGACUUUUCCAAAAUUGACUUUGAUAGCCCUUUCUUCAUCAGUUUACCUGCUACUGAUCGGUACAAUAUCCUGAAUGCUGCCAGGCUGAGAAGUCGUCUACGUAUGGGCUACUCCAAGGAACAAUUAGACAAAAUGUUCCCAGAUCGCAUGGCGUUCUCGAAAUUUCAGAUUGAGCGUGUCAAGGAAAGGAACGAUCUCACGCAGCGGUUGAUGAAUUUGAACGGGAUGAACGGUGAAGAAGCAUUCUAUAACUCAGGGCAGCGAAUCGCCGGCGAACGAGGAAGAGAAUACGUACUCGUUAAAGACAACGCAGUUGAGGGCGGCUGGGUGCUCGGUGUUGUAGGCAACAAAGGUGAAGGUCAUGCCGAUAGACCUAUUGAUGUGGACCGAUACGGCCAGGGGGAAGUGAUUUUUGACCACGAAGAAGCUUCAGAUGGGGAUGAUGGUGCAUUCGAGGACAUUCCUAUUGAAGGCCUCAACCGACUUCCCAAGCUUAAUUUCCCUCAAAAAGACGCAUUCCACGAAUCGAUUGAGAAGCAGAUGACCGGUGUUUCUAGAAGGCGCGAUUCGUUGUUCCAGGAGACUGAGGAUAACUCUCUCUUUGUUCAAGACGGUGACCUAGAAGGUGCACUGCAUCAUCAGAAUCACCACAUCGAUGACGUCCCUGGCGGCACUGUCGACAGUGAAGAUGAAGAUCUCCAAAGAGCAAUUGCAAUGUCUCUGGAGCCUUCCGCUUCUCGUGUCGAAGACAUGCCAGAUAUCCCACUUAACCGCAACGACGUGCCUGCUGCGUCGACAAAGGAGACUUCGCCUGGUCUUGCAGAGAGUGACGAUGACGAGAUGGACUUUGCCGCUGCAUUGGCGCAGUCCCGCAGGACGAAAAGGAAGCCAUCCACUUCAGUUCCCCGUCCAGUCAUGGACCAUCCGUUCGAGGGCCCACUUCCUUUUGAAUCUAUCAGAUUGAAACCGUCCAAGGUGGAGAAGCCUCCACCUGAGGACCUAGACGAGGAAGCGGAAUUUGUCGUCGAUAAGAUUGACAACACCUCAUUGGAAGCUUAUCGGGAUAGAGCGAUGACCCCAGACCAUCUCUUCCUGAAAGAACAUCGAUCUCCGGAUGUGAUAGAUGUGGAUAAGAUGCCAGGACCGGAGGAGGUUAUCGACCUGGAAGCAGAACCGAAGACAGAGAAACUCGAUACUGCAGUACCUUCAAGUACAGAAAACGCGGAAAUACAGUUGGACGAUGUUGUAGUACCAACGGUCUCCGAUAAUGAUAAGGCAAUAGAGGAAGCGACGUUUGAACGGAAACCUACAGAUGGCGAAACCCCCUCGACCGAGACCAAAAAGAAUGUUGCACAUGACUCACCAUCCCCUGAGCCCGAGUUCGAAGAUGUUACCAUACGGACAGAAGCAAAACCGACAGAGGUCAUGGUGACCGGAAACGAGUCUCAGACCUUUGUGGGGAGUGAUCAAGCACAUGUGGUUGUCGAGGAUGACGAAGACUUUUCCGACCCAGAAGACGAAGAGUUGAUGCGUCAACUUGCUGCUGAAGGCGAAGAGCACGUUCGAUUCGCUGCCACUCUGAACAACAAUGCGCUACAAAGCAGCACUUUUGACUACGAGCAGGAGCUCAGGCAGUUGCGAUCCCAGCAGAAAAAGGACCGUAGAGAUGCAGAUGAGGUGACGCAGGUGAUGAUCACCGAGUGUCAGCAGCUCUUGAGCCUUUUUGGCUUGCCGUAUAUUACAGCGCCCAUGGAAGCCGAGGCUCAAUGCGCCGAACUGGUCUCAUUAGGCCUGGUCGACGGGAUCAUCACCGAUGACAGCGACAUUUUCCUCUUUGGCGGCAAUCGUGUUUACAAGAACAUGUUCAACCAGGGCAAGUUCGUCGAGUGCUAUCUCACCUCAGACAUGGAAAAGGAAUAUGCGCUUCAUCGGCGAAAGCUGAUCAGCCUCGCGCACCUUCUUGGUAGCGAUUACACAGAAGGGAUCAGUGGCAUCGGACCGGUGACCGCGUUGGAAGUUCUCACCGAGUUUUCCAGCCUAGAGGAGUUUCGUGACUGGUGGACGCAGAUUCAGACGGGGAUGUACGUCCCCGAGACGCACACAGCUUUCUACAAAAAGUUCAAAAAGACUGCAACCAAGAUCUUCAUCCCUCCUACUUUUCCCGAUCCGCAAGUAGAUAAGGCGUACCUCGAGCCCGAGGUCGAUUCCGAUCCAUCACAGUUUCAAUGGGGCGUCCCCGACCUACAUGGACUCCGAAAUUUCCUUAUGACCACGAUUGGGUGGAGCCAGGAACGCACGGACGAGGUUCUUUUACCAGUCAUCCGCGACAUGAAUCGCAGAGAACAGGAGGGCACUCAAUCCAACAUCACCAACUUCUUCAGUGGCCCUCAAGGAGCCGGUGCAUUCGCGCCACGCGUGCGUUCGGCAGGCCAAAGCAGAAUGGAGAAGGCGUUCAGUCGUCUACGGCAGGAAGCUGGAGCGGAGACUCAUCAGUCUACAUCUACAGGAGAGACAGAUACUGGUGCAGAUGCCUCUACAGAUGAUCAAACAACCUCCAGAAACAGUCAAAAGAAAGCCAAGGGAAGGAAGAGACCGCAAGCUAAAGAUACCAUCACAUCUUCUGCUGAUGCUGACGGUGAGAGUAUGACGCCGAAGAAACAAAAGACACGACGGUCAACGAACAGGUAGAUAUGGCGGCCCCGGUGGACCAGAAGACCCACUGUUCGUCAUGAAGUUGCAGAGUGGAGGAUCAACGCGGCCAAGGAUCCUGAGAGAUCUGAGCGAUCCGAAUGCGGCGGGUCGAUCACCCGAAGCUUCAAUCUGUAUCAUUGGAUUUGUCUCAAAUUCAAAUGAACACAGCCCUAAUAAUAUAUGUAAAUAUCAAUUUGUGGCCGGUCUGAUCUACACCGUGCAUGAUAGAUUUCGCAGUGAUCGUUUACUGCUAAGGCAUGCAUAAGCUUC